AUGGGCCGACACUCCAAAGCAACUACUGCACGUCUUGGGAACCUCAACCACCCUAGAAGGUCCUAUAAACCCACUAUAGAAGAUGUGAGCGAGUCAGAAGAUGAAGAUUACAUCCCUACCAGCAACAGGCAGCCACUCCUCAAAGAAGGCUUCUUCUUCCUGGAUGAAGACUUGGAUUCAGACUCGGACUGGGACCCAGAGGAUGAGGAGGAGGUGGAGGUUGAUGAGGAAGAACUAGAGGGGCUGAAGAAUGAGAGCGACAUUCAUCAGUUCGCAGCUGUUCUCUGUGAAGCUCAAGCUCUUGCUGUAAAGGCUGAACGUGAAGCAGCAGCUGAUAAGCCCAACCGCCCAAAGCACUACACUGGGAACUCAAAACGAAGCCAGCGGCUCCAUGCCUUCAAUCGGAAGAAGUUAGCAGCAGCUGGACAACAAUUUAUUAAUUCCUGGUUCACAGUAGCCAAAAAGACGGUCUCCAAGGAUGAAUCUGGUUCAGACUCAGACUCAUCACCUGAAGACCCACCCACCGAAGAUGUUGAGGCAAGCAUGGGCCGGCUCUUCCCUGAAAGAGAUGAAUUGAGCAAUGAAAUGAACCCGGGGCCGUUGCAUGACACUACAGGCACCCAGAGUGACACACGAGUGAGAUCUGCAAAGGAGGAAGUCGAAGAGCUCCUGAAGCAGUUGUGGAACGGAUGUUGCCCUUCGGAUGACAGCCCUGAGACAAGGACUGAUGUCCUGUUGAAUGGAUUAUGCUACAAGGACUUUCCUAUGCUGCGUCGUGCACUCGCAAAACUCACCGUCAAGAGCAAAGACAAGAAGCUUGAUGUGUUCUUCCGAAGCCGAAUUACAGGGAUGGUUGCGACAUUGAAUCUUUAUCUCGAUUCACAGCUCUCAUAUACAUGGCGGGAGGCUUCCCUGAUUGCAGCAAAAGCUGCAGGACGAGGACCCAAUCACACACGCAACCUACGAAAGUGGAUCUGUCAGUUUUUGAAAUCUGGGAAACUGCCCCUUCACCGAUAUGGCUCCUACAACUCCUCAAUCCUCGAUGAUGAAGACUUUGCCCGGGAUAUCCAGCUACACUUGACAGAAAAGGCAAAAGAUGGCUACAUCCGGGCACAGGACAUUGUUGACUACGUUGCCACAAAGGAUGUCCAGGAGCGGCUUGGGGUGAAGGCACGAGGAAUCACCGUUCGAACGGCUCGACGCUGGUUGAAGAAGCUGAACUGGCGAUAUACCCGCAAACGGAAUGGCAUGUACAUUGAUGGCCAUGAAAGGGAGGAUGUGGUUGCUUAUCGGAAAGCAUUCGUGUCACGCUGGCAGGAAUAUGAGAAGCGUUUCAUUAUUUAUGACAAUGAUGGCAACGUACUCUCUAAACCAGCUGGCUUCCCUGUCCCUCAAAUCGGCCGCUUCCGCUUGAUCCUGGUCAUACACGAUGAAUCAAUGUUCUAUGAAAACGACAGACGCAAGACAAAGUGGACCCACUUCCAAGAAAAGGCGACAAUGGAGAGAAAAGGAGAGGGGCCAUCGAUCAUGGUGUCCGAAUUCUUAACACCUGAUUGGGGGCGGCUAAAAGACGGAGAUGACGAGGCACGUAUCCUCUUCAGAGCGGGGAAGAAUCGGGAUGGUUACUUCGACAAUGACGAUCUGAUCAGUCAAGUGGAUCAUGCUAUUGACAUUUUUGAGGGACUCACCAAUGGCUUUGCAACUGGUCUUUUCCUGUUUGACAAUGCACCGAGUCACCAAAAGCGGGCAAUGGAUGCCCUCUCUGCUCGGAAAAUGCCCAAAAAUGCCCAUGCAACAUGGACACAUCACAAAGAUGGCCCAAAGAUGAGGACCACCUGCUUCGGUGAGCACAGCACUAUCCAAGACUUCUAUUACCCAGAUGAUCACCCCACCAUGCCGGGCUGGUUUAAAGGGAUGGAGAAUAUUAUCCAGGAGCGCAGUCUGUGGCCACAGCGGGGGCUCAACGCGCAGUGUGAGGGGUUCAAGUGUGAGCCUGGGAAGACGGACUGCUGCUGUCGACGGCUUCUAUUCACACAGCCCGAUUUCGUAAAUCAGAAGUCUCGCCUUGAAGAGUUAAUCACUUCCCGCGGUCACAUUUGUGACUUCUACCCAAAAUAUCACUGUGAACUCAAUUUCAUUGAGCAGUAUUGGGGGGCAGCAAAGCUUCGGUAUCGGAAUAGCCCCAAGACAACUGAUAUAAAGGAGAUGGAGAGGAAUGUACUUGCCUGCCUCGACGAUGUUCCUGAUGUUUCAAUCAAACGAUAUGCCAAUCGCGCUGCUCGAUUUAUCAACGGAUACUUCCAGGGACUUACAGGCCCCGAGGCAGCGUGGGCAAACAGGAAAUAUCACGGCCAUCGCACACUUCCUGCGUCUGUUGUUGCUAAACUUAAGGAGGAGUUCUUAAAGAGGUUUGGGGGGUCCAAGUAA